AAAACUUUCUUCAAACAGCCAUCAAACGGGCUUAGUUUGCUAUAACCAAUCUUAUGCUGCUUCCACAAAUUAGCAUUACGUAACAUUAACCCGUUUUAAUCCACCCUCCAAUGGAGAUCCCCAACCCACCGUAUUUCUCUUGUCAUUCAGAGUCUUGUGCCCAUCUCCUUCAAACUAGCCUUAAAUCGAGAGACCCUUUAAAAGGAAAAUCAAUCCAUGCUCAAAUGGUUAAAUUAGGCCUUACCUUCAGUGUCUAUUUAAUGAACAACCUCAUGAACUUGUAUGCAAAAACCGGGUUUCUUUUAGAUGCCCACGAUUUAUUCAAUGAAAUGCCUGUGAAGACCACUUUCUCAUGGAACACAAUUCUUUCUGGGUAUGCGAAGCAGGGAAAAUUAGAGAAAGCCCAUCAGGUGUUUGAUUUAAUACCUGUUCGUGAUUCUGUUUCGUGGACUACGAUAAUCGUGGGUUAUAAUCAAAUGGGUCGUUUUGAAGAUGCGAUAAAGAUUUUCGUAGAUAUGGUGAAGGAUAAAGUUUUGCCGACCCAGUUCACACUUACUAAUGUCCUUGCUUCAUGUGCUGCCACCGGGUCUCGAGGUAUAGGGAAGAAGGUUCAUUCUUUUGUUGUUAAAUUAGGACUUCAUGCGUGUGUUCCUGUUGCAAAUUCGCUUUUAAAUAUGUAUGCAAAGACAGGGGAUUUGAAGAUGGCCAAGGUUGUUUUUGAUAGGAUGAAGUUGAGGAACACAUCAAGCUGGAAUGCUAUGAUUUCCUUGCAUAUGAAUUGUGGUAGGGUUGACCUCGCUCUUGCUCAGUUUGAGCUAUUGAGUGAACGCGAUAUUGUUUCAUGGAAUUCAAUGAUUGCAGGAUGCAAUCAGCAUGGUUUUGAUAAUGAAGCAUUACAGUUCUUCUCUAGUAUGUUAAAAGAUACGUCUCUGAAGCCUGAUAGGUUUUCCCUAGCAAGUGCUUUAUCGGCUUGUGCCAAUCUUGAGAAGUUGAGUUUUGGUAAACAAAUUCAUGGUUAUAUUGUUCGGACAAUGUUCGACGCUUCAGGAGCUGUGGGAAAUGCUUUGAUCUCAAUGUAUGCAAAGUCUGGAGGAGUUGAAAUUGCUCGAAGAAUCAUAGAGCAGAGUGGGAUUUCAGAUCUUGAUGUGAUAGCUUUUACGGCCUUAUUGGAUGGAUAUGUCAAGCUUGGUGAUAUAACCCCAGCCAGACAAAUAUUUAACUCAUUGAAAGACCCUGAUGUGGUUGCUUGGACUGCCAUGAUUGUAGGUUAUGUACAGAAUGGCUUAAAUAAUGAUGCUAUAGAGGUAUUCAAAACAAUGGUUAGUGAAGGGCCUCGGCCAAACAGUUUUACUCUAGCAGCUAUGUUGAGUGCCAGUUCAAGUGUGACAUCUUUGAAUCAUGGAAAACAAAUUCAUGCAAGUGCAAUAAGAUCAGGGGAGGCAUUAUCACCUUCUGUGGGCAAUGCUCUGACUACGAUGUAUGCAAAAGCUGGAAGCAUAAAUGGUGCACGGAAAGUAUUCAAUCUUCUACGUCAGAACAGAGAUACUGUAUCUUGGACUUCUAUGAUUAUGGCUUUAGCUCAACAUGGUCUUGGAGAAGAAGCCAUAGAACUAUUUGAACAGAUGUUGGCACUUGGUAUCAAGCCUGACCAUAUAACUUAUGUUGGGGUGCUCUCUGCCUGUACACAUGGAGGAUUGGUGGAGCAGGGCCGAAGCUAUUUUGAUCUGAUGAAAAAUGUACACAAAAUUGAUCCCACCCUGAGCCACUAUGCAUGCAUGGUUGACCUAUUUGGGCGUGCUGGAUUGCUGCAAGAAGCAUACAAAUUUGUAGAAAAUAUGCCUACGGAACCAGAUGUUAUAGCCUGGGGUUCACUUUUAUCUUCUUGUAAGGUUUAUAAAAAUGUUGAUCUGGCAAAAGUUGCGGCAGAGAGACUGCUACUUAUUGAGCCUAACAAUAGUGGGGCAUACUCUGCCCUUGCUAAUUUGUAUUCAUCUUGUGGAAAAUGGGAUGAUGCUGCAAAAAUUAGAAAAUUGAUGAAGGCUAGAGGAGUUAAAAAGGAGCAAGGACUUAGUUGGGUUCAGAUCCAGAACAAAACCCAUGUAUUUGGAGUGGAGGAUGGUCUUCACCCACAGAAAGACGAAAUCUAUAAGAUGAUGGACAAGAUCUGGAAGGAGAUAAAAAAGAUGGGUUUUGCUCCAGACACUGAAUCUGUAUUGCAUGACCUUGAAGUAGAGGUGAAAGAUCAGAUUCUUAGAUAUCACAGCGAGAAACUUGCCAUCGCAUUGGGGAUAAUAAGUACUCCAGAAAACACUACAUUGCGGAUCAUGAAGAAUCUUCGAGUCUGUAAUGACUGUCACAAUGCCAUCAAAUUUAUCUCCAAGCUUGUGGACAGAGAAAUAAUUGUGAGAGAUGCUACUCGUUUUCACCAUUUCAAGGAUGGAUCCUGUUCUUGUAAGGACUAUUGGUAGACAUAGCAUUUAGAAACAAACUUCAAUUGUCAAGUCUACAAAAGUUGGUUGAUUCAGGAUUUACUAUGAAAAGGCAGAUAGUUGGCAUAGGAGGAAGUCACAACUUUGGCUGAUUCCCUACUCUUCAACAUUCUUGUUACCCAUUUUCAGUCAACUCCUUAUUGGAACUCUGCUUAAUGUGUAAAUCUGAAGAAGAUUCUGGAGAUGUGCGUGUUGUUCUCAGUCAUGAAGGUCCGUCACAAAUUCACAAUGGCUUCUGCAGGGCUGUUUUCCUCAGAGAUGGGACUGCCUUAUUCCGGCAAGCUAAAUAUCUUUCACAGAGGACUGUCAUAUCCACCAUUUCUAUGCUAAACGGCUUGAGGAUUCAUAACAAAUUUACAGCUGCUUCUGCAGGACUGUUUUUCUUGGAGGCGGGAUUGCCGGUUCUGCUAUGCUAAAUAGCUUUGACUUCGUACGGUUACAUCUGCUCCUCAAGUUGUGCCUACAACGCAUGAACUCACUCGAUUUGCUAGUUCUACUUCUAAAAUUGAAGGAUAUAUACUAGCAUAGCUGCUGCAAUCAGAUGUUGCAUCCCAUGUUGCCAUGUGAAAAAUACCCCCCCACUUCAUUGAAUUAUCGGUCCAUGAUCCAUCAUAAACAUCAACUACUACUAAAAAAGAUUUCUGUUAUCUUUUGCAUUUAGGGUAAUGCUAACAAGUGCCUACAAGGCAUUGAUAAGGAGCAUAUUGAUUAAACAAUUAUUUAUGCAUUAGAAAAUAAAAAUGCUCCCUUUAGUGGCCA